AGCAACUAGAACAGUUGCUUUAAAUGCACAAGUUUACAGAUAGCACAGAGGAACAGGCAUAAUCCAAAUGACUUGAGAAGUUGCAGAGCUGAAUUUGAGAGGCGUCAGCACUUCCUCUUUGUAGUCCGUUAUGAAAACAGGAAGCUUAUAUGUUAGGAAAGAACAGUUCAGCUUUUGGCUCUAGUGUUACGCCAAUAUCUAGACAUCACAUGGUGUUGAACCUCAUUCAGUGGUGAAAUCUGUAAUUUUUUGGACUCCAGAUCAUGGCUGAUACUUUAGAGAAUAACUCUGAGUGCCCUUCAUCUGCCAAGAGUGAAGCUUCAGCAGGUGGUCUGAGCAUGCUGGAGAGCUCGAUGCAGGAGAACCAACAAGAUGGUCAGGUUGUGUUUGAAGACCCUGUGUUUGCUGGUUUUUUGCAGGAUGGACUGCACAGUCUCCGGCUGGAGGACAGCUUGAUCGACGUCAGUCUCCUCGUACAGGGUCAGAGCUUCCAGUGCCAUCGAGUGGUCCUUGCUGCAGCCAGUCAUUAUUUCAGAGCAAUGUUUUGUAAUGAUUUGAGAGAAAAACAUGAAGAAAACAUAAAUAUUAAAGGCAUUAAUGCUGACACCAUGAGAAUCCUGUUAGAAUACACUUACACCAGCAAAGUCAUCAUAACCAAGGACAAUGUUCAGAGAAUGCUUGAGGCAGCCAGCCUAUUUCAGUUUCCACGUAUUGUGGACGCCUGUGCCAGUUACUUAGCAGAAGCCCUUCACCCAGACAACUGUGUGGGAAUCCUGCAUCUAGCUGAUGUGCACUCGUUGGAGUCUUUGAAAGCCCAAGUCUACACCUACAUUAUCCAAAACUUCUCUCAAGUAGCGGACCAUGAUGAGAUCCUUGAGCUUCCAGCAGAUGUGUUGGUCAGUCUGCUCCAGCAUGAUGAUUUGGGGGUAACAGAAGAGGAGCAGGUGUUUGAUGUGGUUACACGUUGGGUGAGGGCCCAACAUGAUGAAAGAAUAGCUCAGCUGCCCCGUGUCCUCACACAUGUAAGGCUGCCCUUGUUGGACCCAUGGUACUUUGUAGAAAGGGUGGAAGGAGACCCUCUGAUCCGCCAGUGUCCCGAGGUGUUCCCACUGCUGCAGGAGGCCCGGGUUUAUCACCUCUCAGGAAAAGAGGUGAUAUCAGAGCGCACCAAACCAAGAGUGCAGGAGUUCCAGUCUGAGGUUUUUAUGAUUAUUGGAGGAUGCACAAAGGAUGAGAAAUUUGUAUCUGAGGUGACCUGUCUGGACCCACUACGCAGGAGCCGCUUAGAGGUGGCAAAACUACCGAACACAGAGAUGGAAUCUGAGAAUGAAAAUAAGAAGUGGGUGGAGUUUGCGUGUGUCACCUUCAGAAACGAAGUCUACAUAUCGGGUGGCAAGGAAACAUUGCACGAGGUGUGGAAGUAUAAUGCAUCACUAAACAAAUGGAUCCAGAUAGAGUAUCUCAACACAGGCCGCUGGAGACACAAGAUGGCAGUAGCUGGAGGAAAAGUCUAUGUUUUGGGUGGUUUUGAUGGAACCCAGAGAUUGAACAGUGUUGAAGCCUACGAUCCAUUUCACAACUGCUGGUCAGAGGCAGGACCACUCAUGAUCAGCGUAAGCUCCUUCUCUGCUGCCAGCUAUGACAAAUACAUCUUCGUGAUAGGUGGAGGCCCCAAUGGCAAGCUAGCCACAAAUAACAUGCAAUGCUUUGAUUCCCUAUCAAAUAAAUGGAGCUUAAAAUGCCCGAUGCCAACCGAGGCCAAAUGCACAAAUGCGGUGACUUUUAAGGAUGCCAUUUUUGUUGUUGGUGGCGCGAUGAAGGCCUUGUAUUCCUACAGCCCUCUGGAAGACUCCUGGACACUUAUAAUCCAGCUGGGUUGUGAAAGAGCCAGCUGUGGCAUUGCUGCCUGCAAUAACAAGCUCUUCAUUACCGGUGGCCGUGACGACAAGAACGAAGUGAUUGCUACCGUUCUUUGCUGGAACCCAGAGACAAAAAAGUUGACUGAGGAGUGUGUGCUUCCACGUGGAGUGUCUCACCAUGGUAGUGUGACUCUCAGGAAGUCCUACACACAUAUACGCAGGAUAACGCCUGGAACAGUCACCGGAUGACAAAUUCAACAGCUUCAGAGACUACAAUUUUACUACAUGUUUUGUCCUUAGAUAUGACUCUUUUCAGGCCCAUAUGAUCAAGCUUAAGCAGUGGAACUCCGUGUCCUCUAUUACAUUAAUACUGAGAGUGUUCUCUUUUUUAAUAUUUAACUAUGCAGUUUGUACACACCAAAGUGUAACCAUUGUGCAAAGAAAUGCUUGCACUUGAAAUGUUUACACAUUUACAGUACAAUUUUUAUACAUGGAAACAUUAAUAUUUAUUCUGUAGCACUUCACAGUAACAUUCCAAUUGUUAAUAUUGACAAUCGGUAUCAUGAACACAAUAAAAAACAAUAAUCUAGGA